ACUGUACGAAACGAUUUAUCAUUUUCUUGUUAAAAAUGAUUAGAGAAUGGCCAAAUUGAACAGUUGAAAGAUAAAUGUGAUUUAUGGAGUCCAAAGUAAAACAGAGAACAAAGGAAUGGUUUGACAUACGUCAAUCAGUUUACCUGACAUCAUCAAAGUUUGGAGAUGCUCUUGGAGUUGGAAUGGGUAAACCUUAUGAUUUCUUCCUCUCCUUGAUGUCAGAUGAUAAUGAUGAAGAUGAGGAAGAAAUAAUGGAAUCAUCACAUACACAACAUGGAAUAACGAUGGAGGAGAUCAUCCUGGAAUGUUACCACCUUCUGACAGGGCACAAGACAAGGGAGUCUGGUUUUUGGGUGUCCAGGGACAGGAUCCUUCAAGAUCUGAUAGGUACAUCUCCAGAUGCAGUCGUUGUGGAUGAUCAAGAGGAAGACAUUGGGUUGUGUGAAUUUAAGGCUCCUAUAUACAGAAUGUACAAGACAGAUAAUACAGUACAGGGUAUACCUCGACAUUAUAUGGCCCAGAUACAGGGGCAGCUGGCCAUCACAGGACUUCCAUGGUGCAAUUUCUUGGCUGUUUGUAAAAAUACAAAAGAAAUCAUGUUAAAAAAAGUAUAUUUUCACCCAGAAUACUGGAACAAUGUAGAAAAGAUUCUGAAACAGUUCUGUUAUGCUUUACAGGAUGCCAGAUUGAGGAAAGAGUUGGGUUAUGAUCCACUGGAUUUUGAGGGAGCAAGGAAACUAGAAACUUGGCCAGUACAAAUAGAUUAUCUACCUGGUGAGCUGUCAAUCAAAGUUGAGGACCUCCUCCAAAUUGACAAACGCAAGCGCUUCAGUGGUCCAUCCAAUGUUUGGCUGUCAUUUGAUUUCCUGAUUGGUCAGUCUUAUUCUCUACCUCCUUGUUUACAGGAAUAUGCCCAAAAAAUGAUUAACGAAGUGGAUGAACAGUUAAGAUGUAAGAGAAGGAAGAUCGAAGAGCAAACUGUUGUUAACGCAAAUGGACGAUCAUGAUAAUUUGAGUUAUUUGUAAUCAUUCACAAAUUUCAUACUAAAUUAUAUUGUUCCAUUUCUAAAUUUGAUUAAUACUAGGGAAUGAAUUGGACAUCUCUAGCAUUCUGUGAUAAUAUCAAACAGUUUGACACAUGUUGAAUCUAGAUUUAGUGAAAGCUUUGUCUGGGCUUGAAGGUCAAAUUGUUUAAAUGUCAUCUAAAGACAUUAAAAAUAUAAACUUUUUUUAUGAUCUGAAGAUAUACUUGACAUGUACCAAUAUCUAUGUACUGUACUAUAUAUAUAUUAUAG